AGAAGAAGAAGAAGAACAACAACAACAACAACAGAGCAAAUCGUUGGCUCAUUGGCUUUCCAGUUUUCUUAAAAUAAAAACACUCCAUGGCAGAACUUCAAGUCCUUGCAAAGUUCUGACCUCAACUUCAGUGCCAUUUUGUAGCAUUUGUCCUCUCUCAUCUUAGGGUAUCAGUCACACAGGUUCCUUCAUUACUGGAUUUGCCAAGUUCUGUCCAUUCUUAGAGACUUUCUUCUUGCUUCUUCCUCUGCUUGGAAGGUCCCUCUGCUGGCAUCUUCCUGGCUACUGUACUCACCCUACAAAGCUUCUCUACAUAUCACCUCUCCUGGGAACCCUAUCAUGAUUCCCAAAACAGACAGGUAUCCCUGUUGAUCGCUCACUGAGAACCUGGUACCUCUCUUAUAAACUUUAUCCCAAUUGAAUUUAAAUCACUGUGUCGUUGUUUAGUUCUGUUUCCACUGCUUAAUGUAAGAUCUGUGAGGCUGGGAACCCAUCUCUCUCUAUUCUCUACUGCUUACAAUACCUUGAAAAUAUUUGUACAAAUUCACUCCUCAAUGCAUACUUGUUGAUUAAUUAAUGGACUUAUUAGAAAGAAAAAAAUAAUAAAACAUAACUUUAAGAACCAUGCUUGUAUUUUCAAAUUCUGCUACCAGUACAGAAAAAUCUGUCAUUGCUGAACCAAUAUUUGUUUUUGAAAAGGGAGAACGAGCUUUCAAGAGACCUGCAGAAGACACCCCAUUCGAUGCCUCAGAACCUGAGUGUAAUGGUUUUUCAAGAAAGCGUGUACGGUCUUCAUCUUUUACUCUGUGUACUACAGAUUCUCAGUUCCAGGGAGUGUCAACCUUGUCUCAGAAGCGCCUGAGAUCUUCGUCCUUCACUGACCUCCCAACCUUCCCCCCUUCUGGGCCAGUGAAGAAAAACAAUGUUUUUAUGACAUCAACUCUUGUACAAAUACAUUCUGAUAUGAACAGUGCAGAACAAGGUCCUGUAAAACAUUCUGAACAUGUUCUAAGACCUGCUAUUUUACAGCCACCUCAUCAAGCUCAAAACUGUGAAAAAGUAGGACAAACAUUUGGGCACAAUGCCUUGGUAUCCUGCAAGAUUAAAGAAAAGUCGAAAUAUAAGAUUUCUGAAGGGAACUCCAAUUUAGUAAGUGAAAAUUUACCAAGUGCCAGAAUUUCAGUCCAGCUUUCUACUAACCAGCAAUUUUUAGGUUCAACAUCAGUAGCAUGUCAACCAAAUGGAAAGUGUUCUUUUAAAAGCUGCAGUUCUGAAUUUGUCUUUGGAGAAAAUAUGGUGGAAAGAGUUUUGGGAACUCGAAAACUAACCCAACCUCAACUUGAAAAUGAUUCAAAUUCCAAGCAAAAAACAUUCAAAUCUAUUCUGAAAUUUCCUAUCAACUCUCCAAAUUCAAGAGCAGACUCUAUUAACAAUACAUCCCUAAUUGAAUCUGCUGCUGCUUUCUCUUCCCAACCAUCUCGAAAAUACUUGCUGGAGAAAAUUGAUGUUAUAACAGGAGAGGAAGCAGAACAUAAUGUGUUAAAGAUCAACUGCAAGCUUUUUAUAUUCAACAAAACAACUCAAUCCUGGAUUGAAAGGGGCAGAGGAACUUUGAGACUGAAUGACACAGCAAGCAGUGACUGUGGAACAUUACAGUCAAGACUAAUUAUGCGUAAUCAAGGCAGUCUGAGGCUGAUCCUCAACAGCAAACUCUGGGCUCAGAUGAAGGUUCAAAGAGCAAACCGGAAAAAUUUGCAAAUAACGGCAACUAAUUUAGAAGACUAUAGCAUCAAAGUAUUUUUAAUUCAGGCCAGUGUCAAAGAUACAGGAUAUCUGUACGCAGCCAUACACCAUCGUCUUGUUGCCCUUCGAAGCUUUGAUAAGCUUCAGAAAGACGUCAAUCAAUCCGAAAGUCAGUCAGAAACAGUCCUCCAACAAUUAAACUGUGAAAGCUGUGAUGAGGAUGAGGACGAUUUCAUCCAAGUCACUAAAAAUGGAUCAGCUCCUUCUAGGUGGACCAACAGACAGUCGGUUGCCUGUUCAUGAGUACUACCUAUCAUAAAUAUGACAACAUCUAUAAAACAAUUGGUCAUCCUCCUGAAAAUAUCAAACCAUCCUAAUAAGAAGAUCCUAUUCAUUCCUUGAAGAGUUUUUACAGAAAAGUUGAUAUAUAAUUUGCUGCAAUUAAAAUUUUUCUCUUAUAUGUUUUACAUUUUCUAUUUUGAUUAUUGUAGAGAAAAUGACAGAAUAUAAGAAAUAAAUGGACUUCAGAAGUUCAAAAUUUAUUGUCUUUGAAAAGAGUUAAUUUUGAAUAGGAUUUAAUAGCUACUUUGGACUAUUCAUCACAUUGAUGAAUAUCAUACUUAAAGUUGUAAACUGUUAGAUUCAAUAAAUAGCUAACUAAAAUAUUUAUUUUUUCAGACAUACAUUAUCUGGCCAUAAAAUGAAUAUUUUACUAAAUUACGAGUCUCAUUUCUUUAAAAAAAUACUAUAAUUGUAUAACAUUUCAUUAAAUCAUGUUUAUCUUCUGGGAAAUGUAUAUUUUUACUCGGUCUUUGGAUUUCCUAACAAUAUAAGCUUCUAUAUUCAAGCAUGAAUUCCUUUGCAGAAAGUGUCUGUACUUGAACUUCUAUCCAUUGCAUCUUGUAUAUGCUUGACUCAUGGUCAGCACACAAUAGUUACUGAAUGAAUGAACAAAGUGUAAUACAUUAUCUAUGUAUCAAAAAAGUAAGUAUACAAAAAGACAAAAAUCUUACCUUGUUCUUUGCUUUAUUUAUGUAAUUAAAUUGUCGUUAAUAUUCUA